AUGCAUUUCGAGGACGUAUGGCUGACGGCGAAGGACGGCGUUAAACUGCACGCGUGGCUGCUCAAGUACACCCCCUCCACUCGAGGCCCCACAGUUCUCUUUCUUCAAGAAAAUGCCGGAAACAUAGCGCAUCGCCUGGAGUCAUCACGUUACACCAUGGACCGCCUUCAUUGCAACAUGCUGCUGCUCUCCUACCGCGGGUACGGAGCCAGCGAGGGCAAGCCGACAGAGCAGGGCCUUAGAUUGGACGCGCAGGCAGCACUGGAUCAUCUGCUGGGGCGGGAGGACAUAGACGUGGAUCGCAUCGUGGUGUUUGGGCGGUCGCUGGGAGGGGCCGUGGGGGCUGACUUGGUUCACCGCAACCCCAACACGGUGGCAGCGCUGGUGGUGGAGAACACGUUCACGUCAGUGCUGGACAUGGCGGGCGUGGUGCUGCCGGUGCUGAGCAAUCUGCUCUCCACCAAGGGCGUGCGCCCGCUCAAUGGGCUCGUGCGCUCACAGUGGCGCACCAUUGACGUGAUCGGCAAGAUUGACACCCCCAUUCUCUUCCUAUCCGGAGCAAAGGACGAGCUCGUGCCGCCCGCACACAUGCGCCAGCUGUACGCGGAGGCGCAGCGGAACACAGGUGGCAGCUCGCUAUUCGUGGAGGUGGCAGCGGGGGGGCACAUGGACACGUGGCUGCGGGGCGGGCAGCGCUACUGGCGUGUGCUGAGUCUGUUUAUAACGCAUCAUGCUGGAGGGGGUGUGGGGGGAGGUGUGGGAGAAGGGGAGGGGGAGAGAGGAGGGAAGGAGGAGCUGAUAGAGGAGUUGAGUGAGGUGGUGAGGGAAUCCGCGGGAGAGUUGACGCUGAGAAGAGUGGGGGAUGCAGCGAAGAUGUGA